AUGAGCAGCCGUAAAAGUAGACUGAGUCUAACGAAAGAUCCCCACAAGGAUAAAGAUGUGAAAACUCCGAAUGCACGACGGUCAUUGGCACGCACGUCCAAGGGCAAAAUAAGCCCCGAAUCGCAAAGGAUUGAUGAAAAUUAUGAAGUAUCCCCGUCGCAGAGUAGCGACUACUCGCCCAUGGUUCCAUCGACGCAGGACAAUUCUUUUCACGCCAUCAACGGUGUGUCGUGGGAAUGGAACAGCCCUCAGCGUUUGCGAGAUCAGCAGCAACAAAAGAUUAUCGCAGCCAAUAGCUACAAACACAACCCUCCACUCAGGCCAAAAUAUUCCGAUUUGCCAGACAAGGUACCUAACAAAAAACCGACCGGAUUCAACAAAUUCAUCUCGAAGCUAAAUCUUCUAAUGGAAAAGGAAAAUAUCGUGGAUGAUCAAUUGAAUACGGUCGUAUCUGAACCGACCCAACAAUCCGAGACAAAUACUGUGACGGAAAACGAGAAUGUUGCGGAGGAUCAAUUUAACACAGCCAUAUCUGAACCGAUCCAACAUUCCGAGCUUAAUGAAGAAUCCUGUUUAAUCGAUGAGUUUUUCAUUGCAAGCGAUGAAGAGCAGGGCUUUACACUAAGCACUAAGGGUGAAGACAGUGAUGAUGAUAUCUUCCAAAAACACACAAUUGAAACUCCCGUUAAGAAGAGUGCCCCAACCGGUACUGAUCUGGAUGAUUCUAAGCUGGACUUUUUGUUAAUUGAAGCAAGUCAAACAAUAGAGCAACGUUUAAACAAUCCACCAUGUCCUCCACCACGGCCAAUGACGCAUUCACCGCCGCAAAUACAACAAGAGCCUGUUCCAAGACCAAAAUCAAUCCCAUGCCGUCUCUCUAUUCCAAUUGAGAUGAAUGAUUCGGACAUGGAUGGGUUCCUGAUACAAGCAUCAUUGAUGGUUGAAGAAAAGUUGAGCGAUAGUUCACAGGAAUCAAGUUCGAACAGUAACGCCCAACAAACAGUGAAUCACCCAACAUCCGGUAUCACCAGCUAUGCUCAACUUGAUGGUCCAGUUCCGCCAAAUGAUGACGAUAAACGGGACACAGCAACUUCAACUGCUGCAACUAAAGGUUCGACGAGCGAGGCGAUGUCACAAGAAGAACUAAAAGCACUCAUCGGGAAGAAGCGACAAGAAGCGCUGCGACGAUUGCAAACCAAUCGAUUGAAAAGGGGCAUAAAAGGCACCAACUCUCACGGAUAG